AUGGAGGUGACCCACGCAAAGUCGCUGCAGGCGUUAAAGGCCAGCGUGCCAAGCGAGAACGCCUCUCCAGAGCGGGUGCGCCUCUGGCUCCUCCAGCUCCUGAGGCACCGCAAAAUUGACCUUGUCGAUGGACCCAUCUCCUUCGUCUGUCUGUGGAACGGCGCUGAGCUGCAUUCCAUGCACCCGAAUCACGUCUUCGGAUUCUUCAUCUCCAAGGGUCUUGCUCCGCACAAGGCCAGCAACCUUGUCAGAGAUAUUACAGAAUGUCUGGAGGUAUGGGCUCACUCGCAUGGAAACCCACUUCCCCAGUCCGGACCCCUUGCUGACGAUGGUGGCACUGUCAAGGAUUACCGCGCAAGGCGCGCCGCCUGUCGUGCGGCUGGCAAGGUCUGGCUCCCGGAGUCGGACUCCUGCCCAAUUCCGGGCGCGGAGACCGAGCCCGACUUGAUUGAUCCUCCUUUGAGUGCCGAAGUCUUGAAGAGUCGGACGGCCCCGGAAGAUAUUGCCACUACUCUAUCACCGAAUAAUCCUAGCCUUUUACUUGGAGCAGCCCUGUCCACCGUCAUCGGCUUCGGAGUGCUGGCGUGGUGGAGAGUGCGGAUUCAUUCAUAA